GAGGUGCUGAAACUGUGUGCAGAGGAUGCAGAGGAGACUCUGUACGAGUUGGGGUUCGGAUGUGACGAGCCUGAGGUUACAGACCGCAUCCCCACCCGUUUCCUCAACUUCCCCUCCCAGCUUCACGGUAUGAACUUCCGCCUCUUCCUCCAGUCCCAACUGAACCGCCUCCGACAGGAGGACCCAGGACUCUCUCUGGCCAGUCGUUUCAGGCAGGUAGAGGUGCUAACAGCCAUGGCCAAUGCCUUCUACUCCCUCUACUCCCAUGUGUCCCGCAUGCCCCUUCAGAAGCUCUCCCCUCCCGAGUUCAGCUUCUCCCCCACCGCCGACAAGCAGACUGGACGGCGCUGCAUGGGAAGCGUUCGCAGCGAGCCGAGGUCUCCAGUGGAGCGACUCAAGGACACGGUUUCUAAGAUGUGCCUGUAUACUAGCUCUGGUGGUUCCACCCAGCUAGGCUCGGACUCUGCCUGCCACGGUCUGGGAUUUUCUUUCGGACCUGGGUCUGGGUUGUCCCCCAAGAAGAGAAGCAGCCUGCCUGACUUGGUGGGACUGGUCCUGGAGAAUGCCAAGGCAGAGGCUGUAUCCAGAGACAUGGAGGAGGAUAAUCAGGAUACAGGGGACAGUAAUGGGACGAGUGCUGCUGUGGACACGAGUACUAUGGUGAAGGAUAGAGAGACAGAGGCACAAGGACACAUAGACACAGUCAGUGACAAGGAGAUGGAGCAGGGUUUGUUAUCAGAUGUACAGGAUAUGGACACAGGGCAUAGUAGUUUGAUUAGUUCUGUGGAGCCACAUCUGGUCAAGGACAGAGCGACAGAGACACAGGGACAUGGAGACACAGUCAGAGGCAAGGGGUUGGACCAGGGAUCGUCAUCAGAUGGGGAUGGGGCUGAUUUAGAGAGAGACACCGACGGAACUCCAAAUCUUCGAGCAUCAACACUUUCAGAAUCAGGUCAGCGAGAACCCAGUAGUAGAACGAAGCUGGACUUUUGCCUUACCACUCCAAGUCCUACUUGUGAGGUUGGAGAAACUCAAAACACAAUUCAUCCCACAGACUGGGCAGCGGUGGUGGCACCGGUUGCCAAGGUUACCCAUGACGUCAUAUGUCCUCAGGUCGUUGAGAGUGUGCACCAGGCACUCUACAGCAGUCAACUACAACAGUGGAAUAAUAACACGCAGAUGGCGACCCUUUUGUCGUCUGUUGUGUCCUGUGAGAAUGUCAGAUCUGACCGGUCCUUCACCACAUCAGACACACUACACAAACCCAGGGAGGAGAAGGGUUUGACUACCAAUAACUCAGCCAAGAGUUUAGAGGUUGUCAUAACUCCCAUUCCAAAGGCUGAGCCCGAGGGUGACUCCCGUUUGGGAGAAACUGGGACACUGGUGGAGUCAACGUUCGUGCCCAUAAAGCUCCCUAGUGGAAAGAGGUCCCCUUGUCUAAUCACUGUAACUGAUGUGGCUUGUAGUUUUAGUUCUGCAGACACACCGGAGAUGGCUCUCACUCCCAGUGGUGGUACCACUGAGGUGCCUACAGCAGCCCAGUAUUAUCCAGGUGUAUGGGAGAAAAAGUGGUGCCUGAGUCCUCUGAAACCGACACCAAUCCAGGUCCAAGGGGAGGCCUCCCACAGUCUUCAACAGGCCAACUCCUUUGAGCUAGAGGAGGUACAUAGUGCAGGGGAGGAAGACUUUGGACAGCAAGAAACCGUACGGUCAACAUCUUUGUCACUGUCUACUGUCAAUCAAAACACAGGUCUGGUGGUUCGAGGGGACAGCAUGCAGUCGGACAGUAGUGGCUACGCUGAUGAAGACGUCUACUCCACUGACAGAGACAAGAGCUGACAGACCCAGAACGGUUGAGUUCCUGCCUGACUCGACGCGUAGGCAUCGCAUUGCGUCAACCAAUGGUCGCGUGCCAUGUCAUCGACUGUGCAGUCGGGCAUCAGAUUGCUAUAUCAUACGAUGUGGUUAGGUGAUAUGUUAAAUACCUAUCAAGGCGUUGUGGUCGGGCAGGAACUUGACCAAGGCCCUCUGGGAACUAGACUCGGGGAACUGAGUAUUAUUUGUAUGAGUCACACAGAACACAUGUUCAUCCACUGUAGGUAUAUUCAACAGAUACUGAUUGUUUGAUUAUGAAGUAUGAAGAGAUUUGGCUCUCUGUUCAUGUUAGCGUCAAUGACAUUAUGAAUCAGGUGGGAUCAGUCGGUGCAUUCUGAAUGCUGCCACUCCUAUGCGACACCAGUCCUUUGACUGAGUGCAGACAGAGUUGCGUAAUCUGAGAGAAAGCAUUGCCCUGGAGGUAUAGUCCACACAUAACUGUUUAAUUGUGGAGAGAUUGUCCUAUCUCCAUGUAUAGUGUUCCUGUUGGUGACAAUCAUUAAAUCGAUGUUGUCACACCCUGAUCUGUUUCACCCGUCUUUGUGCUUGUCUUAACCCCCCUCCAGGUGUCGCCCAUCUUCCUCAU